AUGGAUGUAUCGCUACCGUCACCGCCGGCAGUGAGUGCCUUGCGCGAGUCGUUCGGUGAUCGCAAGCCGCCGGACAUUACGCGGAAGAUCACUGCGUGUGUAGCGUGUCGCAAACAAAAGAUCAAAUGUCAUAUGCGAGAAGGCCAGGCACCCUGUUCUCGGUGUAAAAAGCGAGGUCUACCAUGUACGGUCAACAGAAGUCUACAGACAUUACUAGAGGAAGAUGUGACAUGGAGAGGAGCUGUCUCUCUCAAGAUCAAGAGCCUUGAAGAUGCAAUCUCAAAGAUCGCAAGAAAAGUGGACAUGCCCGAGCUACAGAGACAAUCAGAAGAGCCCCCAACGUCUCCGAGUCCACUGGUGGUGGAACUGGCCAAUGCAGAGCCUAUGCAAACCAGCCCAGAAUCUCAGAGAGCAGACACCCGAGAGACAACCCAAGCCUGGGAAGUGGUCAUGGACCCUCGAGGGGGCCCUGGUUCCAUACCAGCCUCCUGUGUCUCUAAAAGUAUUCGAGCAGGGCAACCUAGUAGCUUGCCAAUUUCACGCCACCCAGAUUUAGUAUCAACUGGAUUGAUUACGUUACGACAAGCAUCCGCAUUGUUUGACACAUAUCAUCUACGAUUGGAUCACUUUCUCUAUCGCAUUCUGGGAGAUCAUAUCAGCCUCAACUCAGUACGUGUGGCUUCGCCACUAUUGACAGCGGCGAUUUGCACGGUCGGCGCUCUCCAUUCGCCGUCUUUGGGCGAUCUGUUUGAGACAUGUUAUGCCGAAUACAAAGGGCUCGUUGCGACUCAGAUGUUUUCAAGAACGGCCAACGAGGACGAUAUUCGGGGGCUAUGUAUUGGAGCAUUCUGGCUUCAUGAAUUAUCAUGGGCUUUGAUUGGAAACGCUGUGCGGGUCGCAUCCGACAUCAACCUUCACAGUGGAAUUUACAAAGCCUUGAAGGGUGACCGGGAGGGUUAUAUUCAAGCCCGACUCUACUACCUAGUUUAUGUCUGCGACCACCACUUCUCGAUCGCAUAUGGCCGGCCCCCAAUGUCCCGUGAAGGCUUCAUCAUCGACUCGGCCAGCCGCCUUCUAGAAACCGAACAUGCGACAGAAGACGACGCCAGGUUGAUUAGUCAAGUGAAAGAGUGGUCCGUACUGGGCCAAGUUUUCGAUACAUUCGGUGUGGAUGUUGAAACAGCCAUCACGCCCCAAAUAAUACCCCAACUCCGCCGAUACUCCAUCGCCCUGGACACAUGGUGUGCGGACUGGCAUGAGAGCUUCCAAGAAAACCAGCAAGUUGGAAAUUAUCCUGCCAAGGGCGUGGGCUUUCAUUUCCAAUUCGCGAAGCUCUACCUUUGUUCGCACGCAUUCCGCGGUAUCCCCGCCGCAGAGAACGCGGUUCAAUAUUUUACUCCUGAAUUGGAAGAGAUCGCCAACGCGGGCGUUUUAUCAGCCAUGUCGAUUUUGCGUGUGAUUGUCUCCGAUGAUGAAUUCCGCACCUUCCUGAACGGGCUUCCGUUGUACUUUGACACGAUGCUGGCCUUCGCGGUAGUAUUCCUACUCAAAGUUGCGACAAAGUAUGCCACGGUCAUUCGAAUCGACACAACCAAGAUCUUCUCCCUUGUUACACAGACGGUCGCUGCUCUUCGAGAGAUCACACAGAUCAUGCAUCGACAACAUUUACUCGUUGUCAUUGCUGAGGGUUUAGAUAAGCUAUUGUCAAUAUGCCAGAUCCAGGGUCAAGCCACCCAACAAUCGGUCUACCAGCUUUCCCCAGCACUAGAUCAUCAUAUUCAACUCGACAUGGCCUGGAUGGAAAACAUGGCAAGCUUUGAUUUUCAAACUAAUUUCCCCGACGUGGUGGAUGACUGGUGGCUUCACUAUAAUACAUCGAUGGGAACUGCCGCGCGUCCGAUGGGUCCAUCAGGUUAG